CUCGUUAACAUGCAAAAAUAUGAGAAAUUAGAGAAAAUUGGAGAAGGAACAUAUGGAACAGUGUUCAAAGCCAAAAACAGAGAAACACAUGAGGUUGUAGCCCUCAAGAGAGUUCGUCUGGAUGACGAUGAUGAGGGAGUACCAAGUUCAGCUUUGAGGGAAAUCUGUCUGCUGAAGGAACUCAAACACAAAAACAUUGUGAGAUUACAUGAUGUGCUACACAGUGAAAAGAAGCUUACCUUGGUGUUCGAGUAUUGUGACCAGGACCUGAAGAAAUACUUUGACAGCUGUAAUGGGGAAAUAGAUCAGGACACAGUUCAGUCUUUUAUGUACCAACUAUUGCGAGGGCUGGCAUUCUGUCACAGUAACAAUGUCCUACACCGCGACUUAAAGCCCCAAAACCUCCUCAUCAAUAAGAAUGGGGAACUUAAAUUAGCAGACUUUGGUCUAGCCAGAGCAUUUGGUAUCCCUGUGCGGUUUUACAGUGCUGAGGUAGUGACACUAUGGUACCGGCCCCCUGAUGUCCUUUUUGGAGCCAAGAUGUACUCCACGUCCAUAGAUAUGUGGUCAGCAGGCUGUAUAUUUGCUGAAUUAGCUAAUGCAGGACGACCACUGUUUCCUGGAAAUGAUGUAGAUGAUCAGCUAAAGAGGAUUUUCAAACUUUUGGGAACCCCAACUGAGGAGACAUGGCCUAAUAUAACACAACUACCAGACUACAAGCCAUUCCAGUUGUAUCAUGUGAAUACUACCUGGCAGCAAGUAGUGCCGAACCUAAAUUCAAGGGGGAGAGAACUCUUACAGAGGCUUCUGGUGUGUAAUCCGCCGAUGAGGAUAUCAGCAGAUGAAGGAAUGCAGCAUUCAUACUUCAGUGAUCUCAACCCAGGAAUCAAGCUUUCCUACGACAAUAGUAUCGGGGUACAAACAAGGUGAAAUCAAGGAAAAUAACUCUCAUAUGACAACAGAAUGGUGUUACAAACACUGUAAAAUCAUUGGGGAAAAACUCUCUUAUGACAACAGUAUUGAAGUACAAAGUCAGUAAAAUCAAGGGAAAUAACUCUCCUAUGACAACAGUGUUACUGUGAAAUCCAGGGGAAAAUUAAAAUAAUUUUGAUACACAAGCACAUCAAAACACAGGAAUCAAGCUUUCAUACAGAAAUAGUAUCGAGUUGUAGUGAAAUCCAGGAAAGAAAUUCUACAUCGGUACUAUUUAUACACAGACACAAGGAAUGAGGCUUCUACACAUCAACAGCUUUUCCAGGAAUCUACCUGUGGCAUAAUUCCUGUCAAGCCUGAUAGUGUCAUGUUAAGGAUGUACCCUGAAAGUGAUCAAACACAUUGCCUAAACAACAGAACCCCUAUUGAAACUAUAACAGAUAUCAUCAUUAUAAGGACAUUACCGCCAUGCUUUGUACUGGAUCAGAGGACUUCCCUGUGUUUCCGGAACAGUUUUUGUCACAAGUCCUGUAAAAUGUCUAUACAAUGUACUUAAGCAUAGUGAUUUAACUCACUGUCUCUGAGAUACUGUAUAUUGGGAAUAUUCUGUGUGUUCUAAAUUUGGGAAUUUUGCAAUCCUUCCAAAAUUGCAAAAAAAUUGAAACUGCAAAAUGUGUAUGUAUUUUUUUUCUUUUCAUUGUAAAUACAUGAAUAGUACAUCUUUUAAGUAGACAAUAUACACCUAAACACUAUCUACAAUAUACACCUAAACACUUUCUACAAUAUACACCUAAACACUUUCUACAACAUACACCUAAACACUCUCUACAAUAUACACCUAAACACUUUCUACAAUAUACACCUAAACACUAUCUACAAUAUACACCUAAACACUAUCUACAAUAUACACCUAAACACUUUCUACAAUAUACACCUAAACACUUUCUACAAUAUACACCUAAACACUUUCUACAAUAUACACCUAAACACUUUCUA